GCUUUCCAUAUAAAACUCGGAGAAUUCGCAAGAAUUUUGCAACUGACUGUUCAGAUUUCCGAAGUCCUCUGCUUUUUUUGACACAUGUACAAGAUUUGAAAGAUGGGGAAGAAAAAGAGAGGACCAGGGUCGUUAAAUCUAACAGUUGGAACAAAGAAAGGGACGCUGCGUAUAGCCCCUUGUAUCAUGAUAAGAGAUGGAGGCAGGUAUCGGAUAUGGGUCAGCGAGGCAACAAUGAAAGGUCUUCUUGAGAUUCAGAGUCAACUCUUGUUGAGUUCAUAUGAUGAGGUCCUGAGCGUACUGCUUGCAAGUUAUAAAGAGGUACUAGGCAGAAGGCACAAUGCUCAAAGUGAGAGGCUGAAUGAUUGGUGCUGGAACAGCCCAGUGCAACGAACAGACUCCUGCGAACAAUCUUCAAGUAGUACUAUGCAAUCAGCAACAUCAGUCACGGUCCACAGAGAGAAAUCCAGUAAACCGGCUUCAUUAGGAAUCAUUGGUAACCAGAAGGCCACUUCCAAGAGAGAGCAACAGCUAUGUGAGACCUACAGCAUUGUGAAGGAAGAGUAUGUGGAAGACACUUUGACAGAACAGGACCCCUUGCAGGAAGGAAAGUCAGGAGACCGUAGGACAGAGAGCGAAAGAACUCUCCAGAAGUCUGGACAACCAAGAGGACCCCAAGGGUUUUUCUUGAAGCAUGGUAAUCUGGAAGAUAGACGGACACCCUUGCUAGAAGACAAGUCAGGAGACUGUAGGACUGAGAGGGAAAGAACUCUUCAGAUGUCUGAGAAUCCAAUAGGAACAUGCGAGACUUCCUUGGAUCGGGAAAGUAGACUGACAGGAGAAAGUAGGUCUACGGUACUAUCAACGCAAGAUCAGCAAGAAGAAGAGUCAGAAGAUGACUUGUCCUAUGCAGAUGAUGAUAUUAGUGAUGAUGGCAAUAAUAACCACAAGAACCUAGUGCAUCCAUCAGAUGAAGGGGACUCAAGGUCCUCCACGUACUUGAUGAAGAAAGAACCUGAGGACGAUGGUAGUUCCGGUGGUGGAAGAGCCAAUGAAACACCAUCCUGCAGCCAACAAGGUGGAAAUUCAAGUAUGCAGAGCACCUCUCAAGGGACUGGACACAUUGAGGAAAUGUCAGGUGAUAAAUCAUGUGACAGGUCACAUGGGAAAGCUCUUCCAAAAGACUUCCUAUUACAAGGUGUGCAAGGAAACCAUUCUGAGUUUCUGAUGGGGCAAGUUGCGCAAGUGCAUUUCACUAUUCUCCCUUUACCAAACAAAGCAGAAAAUCUUCAAGGACAGAGUGUGGCCGACAGAGCUACCCUGCCAGAUCCCAAUGAUGAAAGAUUAGAUGGAGACCUUGCAGUGGGCUGUGGUGUGAAAUGUGACAAAACAUCAGGUGAUGCAUCAUGUGACCGAUCAUAUGCUCAAGGACAAAAAGUUGCUGACCGUGCUACGAUUUCGGAUGGUCAUGAUGGAAGAUUGAAUGGAGACAUCGCAGUGGGAUGUAGCAUGAAAUGUGACAGAGCGGGUGAUGUCUCGCUUUGCAGAUCACAUUCUCAAGGACAUUGUUCUGUUGACAGUGCUACUGUCUCAGAUCAUGAAGAUGAAAGGUUGGAUGGAAACAUUGCAGUGGGACAUGAUGAAAAACAUGAAAUAUCAGGUGAUGCAUCGCAAGGCAGAUCUUCUAAAGGACAGAGUAUUGCUGACGGUGCUUCUGUGUCAAAUCACGAUGAUGGAAAAGUGGAUAGACGUAUUGCAGUGGAGCAUGAAGCGAAACCUAUAAAUGUAACAAACUCUUUUCAAAACAAGCAAAAAAAGUCUUCAGUAUUAUGUUCUCCAAGAAGCACCCAAACCAAUCCUCGCAGCAAGUCGAGGGAAGAUAGACCUUUCGUCUGUACAGUCUGUAAUAGAGGAUUUAGCCGUAAGGAUAACCUGACCACCCACAUGAAAAUUCAUCAAGCGAAGAGGCGUCGUGAUCAGUGCCCGUUCUGCAAGAAAAAAUUCCUUUGUAGCACUUAUCUGAGGAUGCACAUCAAGGUGCACACAGGGGAAGAGCUUUACGUGUGUUCUUUUUGCAAAAAGACGUUUUUCAAAAGGCAAAGUCUUGAUGAGCACGUUAGAACCCACACAGGAGAAAAACCAUUUCAGUGCUCAUACUGUAAUAUGAGGUUUGCCCGUGCUGAUGCGUUCAAGAGGCACACUCGAUCUCACAAGCGAGAAACAUGCCAAUUUUGUGACAAAACAUUUUCCCAAGCUGACGAUCUCAAGACGCACAUGAAAAAGCACUCUGCAGAAAAGCCCUUUCAGUGUGGCGAUUGUGGCCAGAGUUUUGCUACGAAACUCCAGGUUGUCGAUCAUCAAAAAACCCACGCAGGAGAAGAACCUAACUUUUGUUCUAUUUGUGACAAAAAGUUUAAGAGAAAACAUGAUUUUAUUAGACACAUGAGAGUCCAUACGGGAGAAAAACCCUAUCAUUGUCCAGUGUGCUCCAAGAGCUUUUCGGCAAAACGCUCUCGCAAUAGGCAUAUGAAAAUGCAUUCAGGUUGAGAUCUGGUGUGAAUUCAACUAUCAAGACGACCUAUGGUACCAAGGAAACCUAUCAGGAUAUAUCAGGUGGCACGUCACAUGACAUAUCACAUGGGGGACCUGUUCCAGAGGAAUGGAUCUUACAUGGUGCACAAGAAAACUAUUCCGAUGUAUCUGCCAGGGCCAGUUGCUCAAGUGAGUAUGACUCUGAACUGUUACCAAGGCAAGCUGACUAUCCACAAGGACAUAGUGCGACUGACAGUGAUACCAUGAUAGAUCAUAAUGAUGGAGGAUUAGAUGAAGACAUUGUGAUGGGAUGUGAUGUAAAAGGUGACAUGUCAGGUGAUGCAUCAUGUGACUGGUCACAUGCUCAAGGACUGAGUGUUACUGACAGUGCUACUGCAUCAGAUCAUGAAGAAGGCAAUGCAACGGGACCUAGUGAGGAAUGUCGAACAACCUUAUCAGACAUCAAACAGUCUCCUUUUUGUCCAGUUUGCAAUGAACAAUUAACCAGCAGCGAUGACUGGACUGAUCAUUUCAGAUUACACGGCGAACUCUGGCCUCAUGAAUGCACCUUCUGCAACGAAAGGUGUGCCACUCUCAAAGAUCUUAACAGACACUUGCGAGUCCAUCCUGGAGCUAGACCACACAAGUGCUCCAUUUGUGGCAGACGCUUCUUGGAAGAAUAUCAUCUCAGAGAACACAUGGCAGUUCAUGCGGCACAGAAGCGAUAUCAGUGCAAGUUUUGCGAGAGGACGUACGCCCGGAGGGGCAGCCUGUAUGCACACAUAAAGACACAUGAGAGAACUUAUCAAUGCAAGCAUUGUGAUAUGAGGUUUACUCAUCGGAUCAUGCUGUCGGAGCAUACAAGAUCGCAUCACUCCUUGAUU